AUUGCCAACAGAUUCAUCGCAUAAUCAGAGCCAAGUUCCAACAUACAUUUACCAUCAAUCGAGAGAUAAAUCGUCGAUUUUUGCGACGUAAUUAAUUGGAAUUAAGUGUGAAACAUUGUGAUAAACUUCCUCUAGUAUUAGUUAAUCUAGUUCAAUUUUAAUAAAUUCACAAUGUUCAUCUUGGACUGGUUCACUGGUGUCCUCGGCUUUUUGGGGCUAUGGAAGAAGUCUGGCAAGCUGUUGUUCCUGGGGUUGGACAACGCGGGCAAGACCACGCUCCUGCACAUGCUGAAGGACGACAGACUCGCACAGCAUGUGCCCACAUUGCAUCCCACAUCCGAGGAGCUGUCGAUAGGCAGCAUGCGUUUCACGACGUUCGACCUCGGCGGGCACGCGCAGGCGCGGCGCGUGUGGCGCGACUACUUCCCGGCCGUGGACGCCAUCGUGUUCCUAGUGGACGCGUGCGACCGCGCCAGGCUGCCAGAGUCCAAGGCUGAGCUAGAUUCUUUGCUCACGGACGAGACGCUGAGCAACUGCCCGGUGUUGAUCCUCGGCAACAAGAUCGACAAGCCGGGCGCCGCCAGCGAGGACGAGCUCCGGCAGUUCUUCAACCUGUACCAGCAAACCACGGGCAAGGGCAAGGUGUCGCGGUCGGAGCUGCCGGGGCGGCCGCUGGAGCUGUUCAUGUGCUCGGUGCUGAAGCGCCAGGGCUACGGCGAGGGCUUCCGCUGGCUCGCGCAGUACAUCGACUGAACCUGCCGUCUCACAAACAUCACU